UCUCCGAACGUUUCCAUUCAAAUCGUUUUGUCGAAACAAUCAUUCUCUCACUGUUUCUAGUAACAGUAAGUUCAUUAUGUAUUUUGUAGUCCAGUAAAAAUAAGUUCAAUUCUAUGAUAUGUGAUCAAGUAAAAAUAAGUUCAUUUCGUCGCCUAGUAAAUAUAUUUAUAUUUUACCAUAUAUUAUUACGUGUCCUUUGAAAUGGAGAGCUCCGAAGCUAAGCCAAUCGAGAAGAUGAGCGUCCAGCUAAAGUCCCAGGAGGGUGAGAUUUUCAACGUGCCACAUAGGAUCAUUAAGUGUGCCACCAAUGUCAUAUAUGCGAUGAAGACUUUUCAAGUUCAGGGCCCGUUCCCAUUGCCAGGCAUUAGUUCAAAUGUUUUACACAAGAUUAUCGCUUGGGCUGAUUACCACAAGGAUGACCCUGAGCCAAUGGAGACUGAUAGCAGUGAGGAUGAAGAGUACGAAGUCGUAUCCUGGGAUGCCAAAUUUCUUAAUGUUGAUUCGACCACCAUGUCUGAAAUUAAAAUGGGGGCACGCUGCUUGGGCAUCGAGGGUCUACAAAGAGUCUGUGAGGCUUUGACCAAAACGGUCAAGAAGAAGAAGACCUAGACAUAGAUGAUCUACGCAAAGCAGAUGCCAAAAAAAAAAAAGGAAAACAAUGGGACACACCGCCACAAAAUCCUAGCCUAGUUUCUAAUUGUUAAAUUUAUAUUUUUGUUUAUUCAGCAU